AUGCCUCAGGCCCAGUAUUGCUUGACGGAUCCCGGGAGCUUGGCCCAGUACCUCGAGCAUGCCAACAUCCGCCUGGUGCGAGCCAAGUAUUUGUACGAGUUGGUGCAGUCGAAGAGAACUUUGCCUCGACGCCAGGAAGCCGAGGAGUGGGGCCUGGUGACCCACGAGGAAGUGAGGGCGUGGGCCGCAGGAACUCGGGACGCCAUGAUCUGCUCGGUGUCCCACGCCUGGGAAAGCCGGGAGCAUCCGGACCCUUGCGCCCACCAAUUAAAGUGCCUAGUCGACGUCGUGUCUCUCUUCGAUGCUGCCUACUUUUCCGAUGUCUGGUUGUUUUACGACUACGUGUCUCUCUUUCAAUUUAAGAGGGAGUCACCAGCAGAAGAAGAGAGCUUCCGACGGUCGAUGCAGGACAUGCACGUCUUGUACGCUCAUCAGUGCACCAGAACUUUUCGCAUAGAAAGCCUUACCCCGGACGAUGUCUGGGAUGCUGCGUUGGCGAACUCGGAGUAUCGAGUCAAAGUUUACGAUGAAGCGACCGCUUCGGUCCGAGACCGUCCGCUCAAAGAGCUCUACGGGAACCGGGAAGUUUACAGAAAUCGAGGGUGGUGCAAGGCCGAGGUCGAGUGGUCGUUGGCCAGGAGCAGAUCCGAACAGAACCACUGGAUCGACGCUCCAGCGUUGCAAAGUUGUUCGGCCCCUGAGCUGUUAGGCAAAGUGCCCAUGGCUCCGGAGAUUUUUGCGGAAGAGAUGAACUCGGCAGCCUUCACCCAUCGCUCCGAUGCCGAAGAGGUGAAGAGGCUGCAGUUUAAGGUUUUCCUCCAGAAGGCGUCCGGGUGCGAAGAGGCUCUCUUUGAAUACCUGCCCGAAGGGCAGCUGGGGCAGCUGGCAAAGGUUCUGCCCUACUACGAAAAGCUGAGGGUGCUGAGGCUCCGAAAUUUCAAGGUGGGCCGAGCGGAGGCCGAGGAGUUUGGGAAGGCCCUGGCUUCGAACAAGACGAUUCGAGAGCUCGAGAUACGUAUCGGCAAAGAGCAUGAAUAUGGUUUUCUAUGGGAGGCUAUCGGCGAAGCGUUGAAGUGCAACUUCACGCUCACCAGCAUCGACCUGAAUAACAACAGCAUCGGCGUCCCAGAGGUGGCAACAUUUGAGCACUCGGACCCUCAGGGCGUGGAGGGUGGCAAGGCCAUUGGUGAAGCUUUGAAGACCAACUCCACGCUCACCGAAAUCAGCCUCCUAGGCAACCGCAUUGGCGAUGAGGGUGUGAAGGCCAUUGGUGAAGCUUUGAAGACCAACUCCACGCUCACCAGCAUCAACCUCCGAGGCAAUUGCAUUGGCGGUGAGGCUGACAAGGCCAUUGGUGAAGCCUUGAAGACCAACUCCACACUCACCAGCAUCAACCUCAAAGGCAACCGCAUCGGCGAUGAGGGUGUGAAGGCUAUCUGCGAAGCGUUGAAGUGCAAUUCCACGCUCACCGAAAUCAACCUCGAACACAACUGGAUCGGCAUUUCCGGUGGCAAGGCCCGGUGGGCUGCAGACGGGUCGGUGCUGCUGGCACAGGGUUACUUUCCCACUGGGGCGAUCAGCGAAGCUUUGAAGACCAACUCCACACUCACCAGCAUCGACCUCAAAGGCAACUUCAUCGGCAAUGAGGGUGUGAAGGCCAUUGGUGAAGCCUUGAAGACCAACUCCACGCUCAGAAGCAUCAAGCUCUAUCGCAACAACAGCAUCGAGCAGGUGCUUGCACAAAGGAAGGACCUACUCGCUGGGUCGGCCGAGGCCGCGGAAGCUGGAAAGGCUCGGACGGGACGAGUGCGCAUAAAGGAUCUCGCAAAAAAGUUGAACCAGCACUGCAACCUCGGCGAGCUGGGCAUAUUUUGUGACAUGGGUGAUGGACCCGAUUUUGCCGAGGCGAUCAGCGAAGUUUUGAAGAGCAGCUGCACGCUCACCAGCAUCGACCUCCGAGGCAGCCACAUCGGCGAUGAGGGUGGGAAGGCCAUUGGUGAAGCCUUGAAGACCAACUCCACGCUCACCAGCAUCAUCCUCUAUGAAAACCACAUCGGCGAUGAGGGUAUGAAGGCCAUUGGUGAAGCCUUGAAGACCAACUGCACGCUCACCAGCAUCAACCUCGCAUGCAGCCACAUCGGCGAUGAGGGUGGGAAGGCGAUCGGCGAAGUUUUGAAGACCAACUCCACCCUCACCAGCAUCGACCUCCGAGGCAGCCACAUCGGCGAUGAGGGUGGGAAGGCGAUCGGCGAAGUUUUGAAGACCAACUCCACCCUCACCAGCAUCGACCUCCAGGCAGCCACAUCGGCGAUGAGGGCCAUUGGUGAAGCCUUGAAGACCAACUCCACGCUCACCAGCAUCAACCUCGACGGCAACCGCAUCGGCGAUGAGGGUGUGAAGGCCCUUGCCGAGUCUCUGAAGAGCAACACAACAGUUUGCGAAAUCUACCUUGAGCUUAACAACGUCUCCACCGAGUGCGAGGAGGCCCGGGUGGUUCGCAGCUCAUCGGCGCUUGCCGAAGCCUUGUCCUCCGAAGGCACUCGAAAGAGUCACUGGGGGCAGGUUUGUUUGGUCGUGAAGACCCUCUAUGGUGAAGCGUCGAACAUCGUUGAACCCUUAAGCGAAGACGCUGGGCUCGACGAGGAUCAGUGCUUUUGGAGGGACUGGGGCACUUCGGACCUGCUGCACGAGGCUUUGAGAUCUCUCAAAGUCUUGGAGGCAAUUCAAAGGUGGACUCUUUCUUCCGCGGCGAAGAGUGGUGACUUCGGCCGUGGGAUGGUCUUGGGUGGCUGGGCAGUGCAGAAACCACAGGCCCAGUACGGCUUGACGGAUCCCAAGAGCUUGGCUGAGCACCUCGAACAUGCCAACAUCCGCCUGGUCCGGGCCGAGUACUUGUAUGAGCUGGCGAAGUCGAGGAGAACUCUGCCCCGACGCCAAGAAGCCGAGGAGUGGGGCCUGGUGACGCAUGCAGAAGUGGGGGCGUGGGCCGCCGGAACGCGAGACGCCAUGAUCUGCUCGGUGUCCCAUGCCUGGGAAAGCCGGGAGCAUCCGGAUCCAUGCGCCCACCAAUUAAAGUGCCUCGUCGACGUCGUGUCUCUCUUCGAUGCAGCCUACUUUUCCGACAUCUGGCUCUUUUACGACUAUGUGUCUCUGUUUCAGUUCAAGCGGGAGGGACAAGCAGAAGAGGAGAGCUUUCGACGGUCCAUGCAGGACAUGCACGUCCUGUACGCUCAUCAGUGCACGCGGACUUUCCGCAUAGAAAGCCUCACCCCAAAUAAUGUCUGGAACGCAGCCUUGGCGAACCCGGAGUAUCGAGUCAAAGUUUACGACGCAGCAAGCACUUCGGUCCGAGACCGCCCGCUAAAAGAGCUCGUCGCGAACCGGGUUCUUUACGGAACGCGUGGGUGGUGCAAGGCGGAGGUGGAGUGGUCCUCGGCCCGGAGCAGAUCCGAGCAGAACCACUGGAUCGAUGCUCCCGUGUCUCAACAAAGCAACGAGGAAGAGUGUAAAGAGCCAGAGAUGCUGGGCAAAGUGCCCAUGGCUCCGGAGAUUUUUGCGGAAGAGAUGAAUUCGGCAGCCUUCACCCAUCGCUCCGAUGCCGAAGAGGUGAAGAAGCUGCAGUUCAAGGUUUUCCUCCAGAAAGUGUCAGGGUUCGAAGAAGCGCUCUUCGAGCGUCUGCCCUUUGGGCAGCUGGGGCGGCUGGCAAAGGCCCUGCCUUACUACGAAAAGCUGCGGGCGCUGAGGCUCCGAGAUUGUGAGGUGGGCCGGGCGGAGGCUGAGGAGUUCGCGAAGGCGCUGGCCUCGAACAAGACGAUUCGAGAGGUCGAGAUACGCUUUGGCUAUGAGCAUGAACAUGGUUUUCUAUGGGAGGUGAUCGGCGAAGCUUUGAAGACCAACUCCACACUCACCAGCAUCAACCUCGAAAGCAGCCAAAUCGGCGUGGAGGGUGUGAAGGCGAUGAACGAAGCGUUGAAAGCCAACUCAACUCUCACCAGCAUCAAUCUCGGAUGGAACCUCAUCGGUGUGGAGGGUUGCAAGGCGAUCUGCGAAGCGUUGAAGUGCAAUUCCACACUCACCAGCAUCAACCUCGAAAGCAACAGCAUCCGCGUGGAGGGUGGCAAGGCGAUUGGCGAAGCAUUGAAGACCAACUCAACGCUCAGAAGCAUCAACCUUCAAGCCAACGGCAUCGGCGGUGAGGGUGGAAAGGCGAUCGGCGAAGCAUUGAAGAGCAACUCCACACUCACCAGCAUGCAACUCGCUUUCAACCGCAUCGGCAAUGAGGGUGGAAAGGCGAUUGGCGAAGCGUUGAAGAGCAACUCCACCCUGACCAGCAUCAACCUCGAAGGCAACGACAUCAGCGAGCAGGUGCUUGCGGAGAUGCGGAAGAGGUGCCUACUCGUGGAUUCUUGGUCGGCCGAGGCUGCAAGUGCGGCCGCAGCUCCGGAAGCUGGAAAGGCUUGGACGGGACGAGCGCGCAUAGGGGCGCUCGCCGAGCGAUUGAACGUACACUGCAACCCCAGCAAGCUGAGCUUCGAGCGCUGUGGUCUUUAUGGCGCCGACGUCGUCAAAAAGGCGAUUAGCGAAGCGUUGAAGACCAACUCCACGCUCACCAGCAUCAACCUCGCAGUCUGCUACAUCGGCGAUGAGGGUGCGGAGGUGAUUCGCGAAGCGCUGAAGAACAACUCAAGGCUCACCAGCAUCAACCUCGCAUCGAACAGCAUCGGCGAUGAGGGUGGGAAGGCUGUCGGCGAAGCGUUGAAGAGCAACUCCACUCUCACCAGCAUCAACCUCCAAAGCAACCGCAUCGGCGUGGAGGGUGGCAAGGCGAUCGGCGAAGCGUUGAGGACGAACUCCACGCUGACCAGCGUCAACCUCGAAUUCAACCGCAUCGGCGAUGAGGGUGUCAAGGCCCGGUGGUGCCAGGGAUUGGCACAGGCAGAGGGGUCUGGCCACCAGCAUUGGCCACCACUGUCUUCCCGUUUCCCUGCGAGGCCCUUGCCGAGGCUCUGA